AUGUUACAGGAUGGCGGUGAGGGUCAUCUGGGUUCUGUGAGACGAUUCGAUACCAUUGGUGAAGCGAUUGUUGUUUGGGAUUCGGGCAUUGUAGCCAACUACCGUUGUGGUACACUUGGGUUUGAUCUACGUGUUUUGGACAGUGCCCCUACUGGUGUCGAGCAUCCAGGCACAAUUUGUGAAGGCUGUCAUGAGGUUUGCUUCCAUCUCUUUGAUUUGCAAAAUUUUUUGCGUCUCAUAUGA